AUGUUUACGUCCAAAGGUCUAUUUUCAAACAUACAAUGUCCAUAUCAGGAGACAUGUGUAUUACCAAGAUGCAUCUUUGCGCACUCCAAAGGACUCAUAGACGCGCCAUCUCCCUCGACCCAGAAUGAGGUCCCUGCUCAAGUUGACGACCAAAAACCACAAGCAGAACCAGGAAGAAAAAGACAGAAGUUAGACAGCGAGAGUCAUACUGUUGAGCGAGAAAUCAGUAAACCUGCUCCAGCAAAAUUGAAAACAAAUGCGGAAUUGAACGAGAGAUCAAGCAAACCUCACACGUCUCUGAAUCGAGAAGUAUCGCCCCCUCCGUUACGAAAAAAGCCCAGUCAGAGUCUUGCAGGGAGCAAUUCCACUGUAUCAAAACCGACCAACAAUGUGUCACGAGCACCCAGCACGAGUACUGUGCAAAUACCCAGCAAACCAGCUGAGGAGAAGAAAACAUUUGUCAAGGCGCCCCCAAAGAAAGAAGCUUUGAACCCACGAGCUCUUGGGAUUCCAUCACCAGCAACCCACGAGAUUAGGUUUCGUCUCGUGCGCGCUCUCCAUGAACAACUCAAGCGCCUAAAUUCUGAAUUGGAAAAGGAAGCAAAUGAUACUGAGGAAAAGCUUGUGCUCUCAGAGCAAGCUCUUAUCACUAUGGCUUUGGAUCUCGAGCAGGGGGCUUGUGGCCAACCAAGCAUUUACUCCAAUGUUGUGAAGAACAAAAUUAUGCUUUACAAACGGAUGAGCGUUGGGCAAUGGAAAGAAGAAAGAGCAAAGGAAGUUGCGGAGGAACUCGCAGAGCAACAGGCUAGAGAGAAGCCCAAGUCCAACCUACCCGUCUUCCAACCUGGAGAACCCCCAAAACCCAUUGUGAAUGGACUCACACCCAAAGAAGAGCUCGCCUUCCUCCCAAGACUCUGCACGCCUGUCGAAGACCUCUCAUUACACGGUUAUGUAAGCACCAUUCCCACCCCCAAAGAAAUUGAAUCCGCCAAAAGUGGAAUGGAAGCGUCCAAAGGGUGGGAAAUCUGUGACCGCUGUAAGACGAGAUUCCAAGUCUUCCCAGAUAGACGAGAAGAAGACGGAGUAUUCGCCUCAGGAGGACACUGUACAUAUCACUACGGCAAACCCUUCUGGGAAGAUCGCAACCCCAACGACCCAACUGCAAAACGACAAAAGAAAUUCCGCUGCUGUAAACAGGUUCUCGGAGAAUCUCCUGGUUGCACCAAAGCCGAUUCUCACGUAUUUAAAAUCACAGAAGUCAAACGUCUCGCAGCAGUCCUUAAUUUCGAAGAGACACCAGAGAACCCUGGUAAGGAGGAAUCAAAUCCAGUAUGUAUUGACGGAGAAAUGGGAUAUACAGUCUACGGACUCGAACUCAUCCGCCUAACCGCCACUUCGUGGCCUUCGGGAGAUGCCAUCUUCGACGUCCUCGUCAAACCCCAAGGCGGAAUCCUAGAUCUGAAUUCCCGCUAUUCAGGCGUCUACCCAAAAGACCUAGCCAACGCGCUCCCCUACACACCAUCCCCCAGCUCACCAACUGAUUCCACCGCCCAACCGGAGGCCCUACAAAUCGUCUCCUCCCCCUCCGCCGCGCGCGCCCUCCUCUUCUCACACCUCUCCCCCAGCACCCCCCUAAUUGGCCACGGCCUAGAAAACGACCUCAACGCAACCCGCAUCGUCCACCCAACCAUCAUCGAUACCGUCCUCCUCUUUCCCCAUAAAGCAGGACUGCCUUAUCGGAAUAGGCUCAAGGACCUGAUGGCUCAGCAUCUGAACCGUCAGAUUCAGGUUGUGGUUGAUGGGAAGGCUCUUGGUCAUGAUAGUAAGGAGGAUGCUAAUGCUGCGGGCAUGUUGGUACGGUAUAAGAUUGGGGAAGAGUGGAGGAGGUUGCAGAGGGCGGGGUGGGUGUGGAAGGAUGGGAGAUUGGUCGGGGAGGGGGAUGCGAGGGGGAAGAGGAAGAGGGAGGAGGAAGAGGGGAGCGAGUGA